AUGGAAAGCUUAUGUAGCUCUGCAGCUGAUCAGACAAUUGGGCCCCCAAUCCAUGGCUGCUCCUACCUGGACUUCACCCUUCUCUUUGAGCAGGUAAUAUUUGGCAUUAUCCCAUCGGCAUGUUUUCUCCCAGCCGUAGCCUGGAGGCUGCUGCAGCUCUUUGGGCAAUCCGGGAAGAUCACAUUGACAUCAAGUCAGCAUGCGAAGAUCUCGAUUUGGGUGAAGAUCAUUCUGAGCAUCGCUUUGAUCUGCAGCCAAAUUACCUUAUUGAUGCUCUGGGCGAUGGCUCCGCAACAUUACAAUAAAACCACCAUUGCAUCGGCCUGCCUGUCAUUGAUAUGCUCCCUCGGCAUACCGAUCCUGUCCUGCCACGAGCACAUACGAUCCGUUUCGCCCUCCAAUCUGCUUUGUAUCUAUCUCCUAUUCAGCACAUUGUUUGAUGGCGUACAAGCCAGGACAUUAUGGUUGCGAUUCCCUUCUACUAUCGCGGGAACAUGUACUGCAGGCCUGGGUGUUCGUUUCUUGUUGCUCAUAGCAGAGUCACAAGAGAAACAGACAUAUCUGAAGCCUCAAUUCGCUGAUUAUUCUCCAGAGAAAACGGGGGGCAUGGUUAAUCGUAUCGUUUUCUGGUGGCUGAAUCCCUUGUUGGCUCGCGGGUCUCGCGGGUUGUUAAGUCCCAGCUAUCUAUUCCCUAUUGAUCCCAACCUCUCGGCUGAAGUAGCGCAGGCCAAGUUCGAGUCGAAAUGGUCACUGACAAUGAACUAUCGCCGUGGAGGACAAUAUAGGUUACUGCUGGCAAUAUUGUCUUGCGUUCGGCGAACUUUGAUAUGGACGGCAAUCCCCCGGAUCGGUCUGAUCGGUCUCAAAAUUUCACAGCCGUUAUUUUUGAAUUGUGUCAUUCGAUAUCUCUCCGUUUCUACCAAAGACAGUGCUGUUGGAGGGGCGCUUGUUGGAGCUACAGUCCUGAUCUAUUUGGGAACGGCAGCUACGACAUCGCUAUAUAUGCAUGGGCUAAAUCGUGCCACCACUGUGAUUCGAAGUGUUUUAAUUACUACUCUCUAUGAAAAGACACAGCGACUGGACACUGUUACGGUCAAUAACUCAGCUGCGCUAACAUUGAUGAGCACCGACACAGAGACCAUCUGCAACAGCUUGAUGCGAUUAGACGCCCUAUUCGCUUCGCCCAUCGAGGUCAGCCUUGCCAUAUUCUUCCUUGCACGACAAGUAGGUUGGGCAUGCUUAGCAUCGGUUGGCUGUGCCCUGGCAGCUGUAUCCCUCAGCUAUGUUGUAGCCGCCCGGUCACCCCCACGCCAGAGAAUAUGGAACCAGGCUGUCCAAGAGCGCGUUGCAACCACUGCGUCAGUUAUCGGUUCUAUUAGGAGCAUCAAGAUGCUGGGUAUCUCUUCUUUUAUAGAGCGGCGGAUAAGUGACCUCCGUAACUUCGAGCUUGAACGCGCUCGUGGGGCCCGGAUGCUUAUAAUGUGGAGAAACGUUGUUGCAAACAUACCACAAAUUGCCGGACCGAUUCUGACCUUCACGAUUUCCACAAUGGUCUCCGGAAGUGGUGUGGUCACUUCAACGAACUCCUUUACCGUUCUCGCCCUGAUUGCUUUAGUCACUCAGCCUAUCCAAGUCUUUGUUCAUGGAAUAACCCAAGUAGGAGUUGCUCUAGGUUGCUUCAAGCGCAUUCAGGACUAUCUUCUAUUGCCAGAAAUUGAGACUGGUCGAAUUUCUUAUCACAGUGACGAUCAUCAAACAUCAGGUAAAGUGGCCCCCGGGAGCGUGUUUCAGCUGGAAGCCCUCCCCACGGAUGGCAGGUGUCUGUCUGUCCAAAAAGCCAGUUUCAAAUAUGCAGAUGCUACCACACCGCUUUUGACGGACAUAAACAUCGAGAUACGCCCCUCUACGCUGACGAUCGUCACAGGAGCUACCGGCUCCGGGAAAUCUUCGCUACUCAAAGGCCUCAUAGGAGUUGUACCCUGCAUCGCUGGUUCUUACUCAAAAGACGUGGCAAUAGCUUACUGUGCACAAGAGCCCUGGUUGCCAAAUGUCUCCGUAAGAGAAGCCAUAAUUGGCCCUUCUUACUUUGAUGAAAAUUGGUAUACCGCUGUUAUCCAUGCAUGUGCACUUGACGAAGACAUUGCCACAUUUUCCGAAGGAGACAGAACCUGCGUUGGCUCCGGUGGCACUUCCCUGAGUGGCGGACAAAGGCAGCGCCUGGCAAUAGCGCGUGCCAUAUACUCGCACAGAAAGCUCCUAAUUCUCGACGAUGUACUCAGUGCACUGGACAUCAUCACUUCCAGAAAAGUCUUUGAUCGCGCAUUUGGUCCGGAAGGACUAUGUAAAACCCACCAUGUUGCGGUUGUUCUUGCCUGCAGUGAUCCCGAGCGCGCUUUCUCACCUGAUGUGGUCAUAAAACUCCGAAAUGGAACGGUCACGUCAGGAAUCUCGACUGAUAUACUUUCUGAAAAGAUCAUCACCUUACAGAGUGAGAGCGAAGCAAGACCUACCGAUGAACGACACCCCGUGACAACAGGAACAAAAAACAAACUCAUAGAGUCCCGCCAGGACCUACCACGCCGGCUUGGUGACUUCUCUGUCUACCGAUACUACCUUAAAUCAAUGGGCUGGAAAUCAUCCGCCUGCUUCUUAUGCCUCAUAGUCGUGCAAGUAUUCGGCUCCAAAUUCCCUACUCUAUGGCUCCAAUACUGGUCCGACCAUGACUUCAAUUACUCCCUCAGCGUAUACCUAGGGGUCUACGGAGCUUGCGCCUUUAUCCAGCUUAUUGGCACCAUCCUAAGCAUCACAUUCCUCAUCAUCUUCCUCGUCGCAAAAAGCUCCCGCCGUUUACACACACAGCUACUAACCGCUACCAUAAAUGCACCCUAUUCAUUCUUCACCACACAUGACAGCGGAACCAUCCUGAACCGAUUCAGCCAAGAUCUCUCCCAAAUCGAUAACCAACUAUCCGGCGCGCUUCUUAUGACGAUCUUCGGUGCCGGAACGCUUAUUGCCGAAGUCAUGCUUAUUGCUGCAGGAAAUAAAUACAUUGCUAUUACGGUGCCGUUCGUGAUCACUGUUUUCUACGCCCUGCAAAACUUCUACCUGCGCACUUCACGUCAGCUACGGCUCAUGGAACUCGAAGCGCAAAGUCCGCUCUACACGCACUUUCUUGAGACAGCCUCCGGCACGGAUACCAUCCGCGCAUUUGGCUGGCAAGCUGCAUGGGCGGCGCGGUGCCGACAGUUAGUCGAUAGGGCAAUCCAGCCGUAUUAUACAAUGUUCUGUAUACAACGCUGGCUGAACCUCGUUCUCGACCUCCUGGCAGCGGGACUGGCAAUUAUUGUUGUCUCCUUGGCCGUUACCCUAGGCUCAUCGGUGCAUACUGGCGCGAUUGCAGUUUCUUUGCUGAAUAUCCUGGGCUUCAGCAGCAGCCUGUCAUACCUCAUAACUUCGUGGACGCAGUUGGAGACGACGCUUGGCGCUAUUGCUCGCGUCAAAAGCUAUGAAGACACUGUUCCGAAAGAAGAUGCCCCAAAUAGUGGGCUUAUCCAACAGCCUACGGGUGACUGGCCAUCUCGCGGCUCGAUCAGGUUCGACCAUGUCUACGCAAGCUACGACGCACAACAGAGUCCCCAUCAAUGCAUUUUGCGCGAUAUUGCCCUUAAUAUCCAUCCUGGAGAGAAGGUAGCUAUUUGCGGCAGAAGCGGAAGUGGGAAAAGCUCCCUCAUUCUCCUGCUUUUCAAACUUCUCGAUCCCAUCGCGGGCUCCGUGUUUAUUGACGGGAUAAAUUUACGCGAUGUUCCCUGCGACGUUCUACGAGCCCGACUUACCGUAAUCCCCCAAGACCCUCUGAUACUUCCAGGAACACUACGUUUCAAUCUCGACCCCAGCGGAGAACAAUUCUCCGACGAGACAAUGUGUUCCGCUCUGGCUACAGUAGGUUUAGGGAUGGAUCGAAGUACACGACAACCCUAUUCUCUGGACCUUCAAAUAAGUGAGGGGACUUUCUCACGAGGCCAAUGCCAGCUUUUGAGUCUAGCGAGAGCGCUCCUCCGUCAAACAGAAACGAAGAUCCUUGUUUUGGAUGAAAUCAGUGGGAAUGUUGACGUUGCUACGGAGCGGUUGAUGUUCCAGAUCAUUAGGAACUGUUUCGAGCAUGCGACUGUAAUUGCAGUGACGCAUCGACUGAGAUGCAUUCGGGAGUUUGAUCAGGUUGUGAUCAUGCAGGAUGGCUGUGUCGUGGAGACUGGGAGGCCCGGGGAGUUGCUUGGUGGGCGGAGUUUGUUUAGGCAGUUGUGGGAUGAACAGUGAGCCUUUUCCGAGAUUCGGGUCGGAGAUGACGAGGUAAUCUUUUUUUAUGACAAACGCCUCUUGACUUGUAGAGUGAAUUAACCUAUGUAUUCCAUUGAAGCCAAC